UCUGACCUGCAGAUGGAGUCAAACACCGCAAAGACUCAACUGCAGACCUCCAUUAACAAUAAAUAUACAAAUAAGCUCCAUCGCUGGAGCAGAACACACUGGAACAUCCCCCUCAGAAGAAGCGGAGGAGCCGUUUGUGGUCCGGGAGAGAACAGCAUCCCCCCGGAUGUGUCUCUGAAACGGGAGCAGAGUCGAGCUGCGGCUGGAGGAGGACUUGUUGAGAGGAUGGAGAUGCGGCUGCAGUAGGUGAACAUGUCGGCUGGAUGCUGAGCAGCAGCAUCAGCAGCAUCUGGCUCCUCAUCCCUCCGUCCUCCACAGCUGAUACAUGAGGCAACAUGGCCGCAGAGCAGAGCACCCUGCACAAACACUGAUCCACGGAAGAAACCCCAACACAGACUAGAUGGCGUUCAUGUCCAGGUUCUCUCGGUCCCGGAGCAGCUCCAGGUCUCCGAACCGAAAAGAUUCGGAACGCGCCUCCCCGAUCUUGAGCGUGUCGGAGCUGGAGAGGCUGCUGUACACCGGCAAGACGGCCUGCAACCAUGCGGACGAAGUGUGGCCGAGGCUCUACAUCGGAGACCAAGACAUUGCAUCAGAUCGCCGUGAGCUUGCCAAACUUGGCAUCACACACAUCCUCAACUGUGCACAGAGCAAGUGGCGCGGAGGAGCCGAGUAUUACGCCGGCAUGAACAUCACCUACCACGGCAUCGAAGCCCAUGACUCCCCAACAUUUGACAUGAGUGUCAACUUCUAUCCUGCUGCUGAGUUUAUCCACAAAGCCCUCACAAGUGGAGGUAAGGUGCUUGUCCACUGCACUGUGGGCGUGAGCCGCUCAGCCACGCUGGUGCUGGCCUACUUGAUGAUCAGACAAAACCUUACGCUGGUGGAGGCCAUUAAGACGGUGAAAGACCACCGUGGCGUCAUCCCCAACCGAGGCUUCCUCCGCCAGCUCAACGGCCUGGACGGCAUCCUGAGAGAGAGCCGCAAGACGUCGCCACAGAGCUGAAAACACCCUCAACACACACUAAGCCUGAGGUAGCAGCCAGGUACACUGAGGGAGGUAAAGCAUGACACUGCAGCUCUGCAGGGUCGGACUGAUACCAGUAUCUUCACAUUCAGUUUAUUGUAUCUGUUGAACCCUUGAGCCUCUAAAACAGCAGUAAAGCGGUGAAGACCUGUAUUCUUUAAGAUAAGAAGGGUACAGUGUCUGUGAUGUUGGUGCAAAUUCUAUACUCAUUAAGAAUUGAACAGUAAUUUGCAACAAAUACCAAAGUAACUCGGUCUCGAUCACACAACUGAUUUCAGUGCUAAAUCCAAAUUUGUAGCAAGCCCUCUUGGCAGUGCUCAAGGCAACACAGAGAAAAAGGAGAAACUGUAUCCCAGAAUAUCUGGUUCUUUGAUACAAAGGCAAAUGUACAGGCUUGUGUACAUUGCUACGAACCAACCAAUCACUGAGCGUAAUGUUCAGUCACAUGCUACUAGCAGUGGAUGGAGGCUAAACGUGGUUUAGGUGUUGAGAAAACUGAUAACUACAGUUCAAAACACAUCAAUGAAACAAUGACAGACUCACCCUCAUACACAUUGAUGAGCUGUAAAGCAGCCUAAAAGUUUAGAAACAUCCAGUUUAGAUGAUAUUUACCUUCAUAUCAUGUUUCCUGUAUGAGUUUCAAGCCCUAAAUUAUUUUUAAUCAAACUUCAGACCAUUCCAGUGAAACUUAUGAAGACAUGAAACCUAUUUUUAUUGCUGCUGCACAAGUUGGAAAAUGUUUCAGAUCUCUGCACUAGUAUGCAAAUCUUGAAGUGAUGGGAUUUAUUAGAAAUAGAUCAAAUGAUGACUUCUAAUACAUAGAUUAUUUAAAAUUAUUCUCAUUUAAUAAAGUUUGAACUGCCUCCUGAUGUCAUCAGGUAAGUCUUGAAAAUUAGUUUGUUGGUCGGGGCAGCAGCUGUGCAAGGUGAAAGCAAAAAGUUCUGAGACUGUGGCUGACUCCAGGUCACUGGACAAUAGAAGAGCUGCAAACUCCAGACCAAGGAUGGAGCAUCAGGUCAGGAGCACCAGGAGCAUGAUCGCUGUAAAUUCAUCUGUCAUGGUUGGACUGUCAGAGUUCUACUGUAACAUCUUUAGAGGUCUGAAGGGGAACAUUCGGUGCAAAUAACCUGAACUGUGAUGUGGUGCCAGAUGCACCAUGUUGUCAGUCACAGUGCAUUAAGUCCAAAUGUGUUUUGUGGCCACAGCAUCACCAUAGAUGUUCUCCACCUGCCCGACUGUCCAGAUCAGGCUCCCUGCAAAUUCUUCCUGUUCCCCAAAAUGAAAUUCAGCAUCAUGCUGUAUGAAUACAGUUUAGGAGAUGGAGAGCGUAUCACAGAUUGUCCUUGACAUGUUUACAAGUGCUGCAGGAGCACUGGGAGCAGCCUAUUACUGCACCAGUAAAGUAACUUGAAAUAAAUGGAUUUUGAAUGUUAGAGGCACAGUCUCAGAACUUUUUGAUUGCACUUCAUAAUGAUGACUGCCAUUUUUUAUUAAUCUAAUGAUCAGUGUUGCAAAACUUCUAACCCUGCUGCUCUUGUUUUCUUAUUUAAUGGGGAUCAGUUCUAGCAUUCCUAUCUGCCAGCCUGGAUUUUCUAUGUCAAAACUGAUGGACUAAAAUGGGUCAGGGUUCUGAUCCGUGGGCGUCAUGCCUGCCCUGGACCAAAAAUGGUCCUGACUGUUUUUUCUAAUGAAUAUGUAGGUUAAAUCCAUGAUAUCUACCCUCAGAAAGAGUAUUUCUCAGUGAUUCUUCCCCGUAGCUUCGGUCAUUGCAGGUCUUCCCUCAACUUUUUUACAUUCAUUAAGUGCCCUGAACAACUCAUUCUCUAGUUGUAGCCCAGGUCCAAACCAGCACAGUUAUGUAGCCUAUAGUAUUGUCACAGUCCGUAUACAAUUACUAUCUGUUUGUGAAUAGCAACAUGCAGUAUACAGUACAAUUUUUGCUUUCAAUUGGGUGUUGAAUUAGUUCAAUGUGUUGUUUCAAUCCAGUGUAUUUCAAACGCUCCUUUUGUAUUAGACGUGUACUAAUCUAAAACUCACACAUCUAUUCAACAUCUUCCAGUCUGGUGAACCACUUCACCGUUACAGUGACUGUUUGCUGUCCAGAGUAGUCGUACUCUAAGUGAUAAUUUAAUAUGCCAGCACAACAAGUGUUUAGAGUAGACGUGCAGUGGGAGAGAAUACCACAAAUGUGCCAUUGCAAAAGCUACCAACUGCCUGGAUGACAGGAGAGUGCACACAUACAGUGUUCAGUGCAAGUCAUGCAAAGUCUGCUCUUUUGUCUCAGUGUUAAAAGUGAGGCUUCUGUUCUCAUGCUAGUGAAAAACAGUAGAAGAUCCAAUGCUGAAAUUUAAACCAGCUUUUCAAAUACCCUCCUGAGUGUUAUUAUAAUGAUUACCUCAAGUAUCAUGUUUGAAAUACACUUUUUGUGACUUGUGGUUUUUGUCUGUGUUGUUUUAACACCACCGUGAUGAUGGGAAGGAAUGCAGCAAAAUGUAGAUAAAAAUAUGCCUCUGUACAGCCAGUUGAAAUGUAAAGGUUCGGUUUGAAAUUCUUGGGAAGACAUUUAUUUUGUUUCCUUAAAAGAGCUGAAUGAAACGAUUGGUGCCACUCUAGUGUUUAAGUGUGGAGCUGGAGUUAGGAGUCAAUUAGCUUAGGUUAGCAUAAAGACUGAGAGCAGGAGGAUAGAAGCAGCUAGCCAGCCUCUGUCCAAAAAAUAAACAAAAAAGUCACAAACAAAAUAGGCAAUACACUAAAUAAAGAGAUAAAAAUGAAAAACACGCCACAAGUUAAUAAAAAUUCCAUCCUUCCAUCCUACACCGCUUAAUCCUCAUUAGCGUUGGUAGGCUAGUCAUGAAUUAAAAACAUGAAAAUCAUAAAUGAAAAACAAACAAAAUAAUCAAAUUAAAACAAAACGCCACAAGUGAAAAUCAAAUCAGUCUUUGCUAUACUAAGCUAAGCUAAAUGCCCCCUGGCUCCAUCAUCGCACAGACAUUAGAGUGGCAUUGAUCGUCUCAUCUGAUUCUCAAAUGCAAGUAAGUGGACUUCACAAAAUAUCAAACUAAUAUUUUAUAGUGUGUUUUGCAUUGGGGCCUUGGAAAGCAAGGCAGAGCAGCAAACGAUCUGGACACAGCUAGUUUAAGGGACAUUUGGUUUGCAUUGUGUGAUAAAUAAAUACCUAUUUGCAUCAUAGCUGGCUAAUUGGGGAGCAACAGUCGAUCAGCCCCAAUGAGCCACAUCUGACUCCUGCAUCCUUAUACCACAGACUGUAUGUAAAGAUCCAUGACACCACAGUCCUCACAGGCAAGCGUUGCCAUUCUGGUGCUGUUAGUUAUGGCUAAUGAGACCAAACUCCUGUCUUCUAAAUGAAUAGACAGAGGGUCAUAACUGUAAAAACCACCAGUCUAAUCUGAUUUAAAAAAAAAAAAAAGCACUGUGCAACAACAUGACUGGCUGGAGGUUUCCUGGUUUGGGCUGUUAAAAGCAGAUGAUUGGCCUUUUGGGGGUAGGAGUUGGAAAUGUGUAACACAAUCACCAUCUCUGAUGUUACAGAAAUCUCCCAAAAAUUUCUUCUCUUAACUUGUUCGUAUGGAAGGGGCAGGAGCGAUACUGCAACCAGCCACCAGGGGGAAUAGGGGUAUUUUGGCUUCUUAUCUGAGCUGUCACUUCAUCUAUCUUUACAUACAGUCAGUGUAUUAUAAAAAAAAAAAAAAAUCAAAUCAGCACAUUUUGUGUAAUAUUUAAGUCGAGGUAUGAAGUUACUCCCAAAGUCCAGAAUCAGCCUGUCAGAAAUCCUCUCUUGCCACAUUUUGUGUAGGAAAACGGAGUAACAUAUCAUGAUGUCCAGCAGAAUCUGCCUUUCUUAAGAAGCUUUCCUCAAUCUACUCAGUUAAAACACACAGGAGGCACUUCAAAAAAUAAAACACUAUCCGCGGUCAGCGCCUGUCUAACCAUUACGAUCUCUACCUUUGCUGUAUUGGAUCUGUGGGUUUUGUAUUCGUAGUUUUAUUGUGUCGUGGUGGUUGUCGGUCUCAGUUACCUGUUUAUAUUCUCGUUACCUGAUUGUUUUCUUACAGAGAACUUUCUAUAGGAGAACUUGAAUUCUUUUGAUUUAUUUUUGUAUCACUCUCUUUGAGGUUCACUGGAGGAGAAACUGGAAAAGGAGAUGUUGAUGCCUUAAUCUGUGUACUUCGAGUUGGUUUUUAGACUUUUGUUUCUAUCUUUUUAUUGUGAAUAAUACUGAGCAUUGAUUACUUUGUUUUGAUAACUUCUGUACUUAAUUGGAAAUAAAAAGAAAAAUGUCUCUCA